AUGAAAUCCUGUAAGCAACGAUUAACCAGGCAACUCAAUGAGCUUGCCAGUUUGAUUGUUGAGGCAAAUACAUUCAAGGAACCGUGGCAGUUCCCAACCAAUGUGGAAGAGAUACACCGAUUCACAUUGGCAAACAGAGCAAUAAUCAAAAACCUAAUCAAUCAAAUGAAAGAAAAGGAAGAUCAAAUUAUGACCGAAUACAGCAACCAAGCGCGUGCCUUGGAAACGUUCAAACUGAAUAACACAACAUACGGAGAAAGUCUCGAAAAGGAAUUCGAUUCAUACUGGGAAAAUCGCAAAGCAGACGAAAGUCUUGACAUCAGUGUUUCAACUCGACGAAAGCUGGAAGUGCGAAUCGUGGAGUUUGAAUGUCAAGAGCAAGCUGUUAACAUAACAUCUUCAGAGGUAGCAAGUUCAAGACCACCAAUUCAAGAAACAAAUAAACGAUGUACUUUACUCUUCCAGGCUAUGGAAGAACGUAACCAAGGAAGAGAUCUCAAUCAGACCCACGCACAAAAUAAUCAAACUACUGCUACUACAACGUCCAAUCGGGAUCACCCACAGCCUUGGCGUUAUCCAUACGGCCAUGAACUGCGAGUACCCGAUUUUUACGGAAAACCAGCAGAAUUCGAAUCGUUCUGGGAACUAUUUCAAGAGUUGGUACACAAUCAACCAUAUUCAGAUCUAGAAAAACUAUCCAUUCUGUUAGCAUGUUGCAAAGGCGACGCGGAGCGAACAUUAAGGAUGAUACCGCGCAGCGCCAAAUCCUAUGAAUUAGCUAUUCAACAGCUAAGGGCACAAUAUCAAGAUGAACGUCGCAACAAAACACUGCUCCUACGAAAGCUGCAAACACUUCCAAGAGUGGGCGACGACCCACGUCAACUUCAAAAUACCUACAACGACAUCUUAACGCUGGUUACGGAGAUGCGUAGGCAAGGAGAAGCCGUAGACAGCACCAAUCUACUACAAACGGUCACUAACAAGUUUCCCAAAAGUGUACAAGAAGAAGCAGCAAAGAGGGAGUAUGAUUCAAAUAAGAUAUGGACAAUGGCAGAAUUGUUAGACAACUUAGAUGUCAUUGUAAAACGACGAAUACACAUUAGCUUCAUUCAAGGACGAGAUUCGGAGACAAGCGAAUCGUCCACGCUUCAUAUUCAAACAAAAUCAACGACAGUAAACUGCACUGGAUGCGGAUUAUUACAUAGAUUCAUAGACUGUGUCAGAUACAGAACUCGCAAAGAGAAACUCAACCGACUAUGGCAACUAAUUGCCUGUCUAAUUUGCUUCAGCAAGCGUCAUCAACCUCACGUAUGCAACAAGCCAAAAUGUCAAUAUUGCAAUGGUAAUCACCAUUCUUUGUUAUGCUACAAAAAUGACACUUUUCGCAAUUGGCGUGAGAACGUGACGCAAAGAUCGAGGUCACCAGUAUCAGCUUCUUUUAGAAAGUUUCAAAAUGACCGCCUGUCUCAGCAGAAUCACUUUGUUUCGAGAACAUCAAGAUCACCAAUAUUCAAGCAGAAUCGAUCACCUAGAAGACAAUUUACAUCUCCAUCUCGAAGAUAUCGCGACAACUACCAAAGGAGAUCGCGAAGCGCGUCACCAGCACGGAAAACUAAUUAUGAAGGGAUAAGCACACUACCGACUACCUACAGAAAUAGAAGCAGAAGUUCCAGCAGAUCCUCUCAUAAUUCACCAACCCGCACUUCACCACAAAAAAGAGUCACAUUUAUCAAUUACGCCAGCACUGCGGAAGACGUUUCGGCACAGAAACCUACAGUUGUAGAAACCUUUUCAAAAACAACAGCAAAAGCGAGUCCCAAUGCAAUUCACGAAGAUAAAAUCAUAUCAACGCCAGCUUUCAGCAUUUCAGAUUGUCCUUCGUGUACCAGACUAAUGACAGUGCCAGUAUAUGUACGGAACACUCAGUCAGGAAAGCUGGAGAAUCUAACAGCCUUACUCGACUCAGCUUCAGAUUCUUCGUUCAUUACAACAGAGGUAACCAGAAAACUCAAUUUGCCUUCACUCUCGGAACAAACCAUAGUUGUCUCAACCUUUGGGGGUCACGUAGAAAGAAAGAAAACAACAGUAGUAAAAACAGCGCUUGUCAACAGUUACGGGGAAACCCUAAAUGUCUCGUUACUGACGCAAGAUCACAUCACAGACAAACUCAAAUUUUGUGAUCUUACCAUGGAAGACCUCGCUUUCAUAAGAGGACAACUUCUAAUAGACAAUACUAAGCUCAAGAUCGAUCAUGAUGCAACACAACCAAGUAUCUUGCUCGGAAUUGACUAUUUCAAUGAAAUUUUCAUUGCCAACCAGCCACCAGUAAGGUUACCUUCAGGAUUCUAUUUGAGUCUAACAUUUUUUGGGUACACAAUCUCAGGAAAGCACUCGCAUGCAGGGCCAGGAGCCUACAAUGAGAAAUGUACACUUUUCUUGCAAACGGAAAACAAUUUCGAUUACCCCAAUUCCUACAGUUUAGAGAGUAUGGGAAUUACCAACUCCUUAUCGGAACAAGAAGAAACCGAAAAAAUUAUCGAUAAUUUCUACAAAACUAUAGAAAUUCACAACAAAAAGAUAUUAUACAAUGUGCUACUAACCGCGGACGAACCAAAUGAACUAAUCGAGAAAUACAAACUGAGCAAGAAGCUAUUUCAAAAUAUGGCAAUGAACUUGAGAGAAUAUAUGACCAACGAUGAAGAAUGUAAUGCACUAAUAUCAAAGCCAGAUUUGGCACAGCAUGAAGAGCACAAAAUUUUAGGAAUUCCAUGGAAACCAAAAGCCGAUCAUUUUCUGCUACAAUCAAAACUGCAUUAUAACCCUUGCCCAACAAAACGUAUAGUGUUGAGAGCCACUCAAAGCACAUUCGAUCCAUUAGGAUUGCUUGCGCCAAUACUGCUUCCAGCAAAAUUGUUUUUGCAAGAUUUAUGGGAGCAAAGUUACGAGUGGGACACACCAUUAUCACCAUCGCAUGAUGCUCAAUGGAAAGAAAUAUGUUCACAAGGAGAAAACUUUGAAAUCAACCUUCCAAGACAAAUAGUAAUCCGCCAACCGAAUAUUAAAUAUCAAUUGCAUACAUUUGUCGAUGCUUCUCUGAGAUGUUUUGCGGCGUGCACCUACUUGAGAAUGGUGGAAAGUAAAGAAAAAGUAAUAAGCUCACAGAUCGUGGCCGCACGCAAUCGACUCGCUCCAAAAAAGCUUCAAACAAAGCAAUCGAAUCUCACAAUCCCACGACUGGAACUACUAGCGCUUCAGUUAGGCAUGCAACUAACACGUUUCAUAUGUAGAGAAUUGGACAUACCCAUUGAAGAAGUUCACGUUUUCAGCGACUCUCAAAUAGCUUUACAAUGGAUGAAAAUUCACAAAAAGACAAGCACGUUUAUUGAAAAUCGCGUCACCAUUGUAAAAGAGAUCAUAUCAGAACUUGAAAAGAAUUCAACUUCAUGUCGAUUGGCAUAUAUUCCUACAAACGAGAAUCCUGCAGAUUGCGCAACGCGAGGAGUAACAGCCGAUCAAUUCAGUAAACAUAUGUGGUGGAAAGGACCCGCAUUCUUGAAGCAGGUCCAGCAAACAUGGAAGCAUAUUACAUACUUCCCCGGAGAACCGACGAAAACAACAGAAACGGACUCUGAGGAAAAUCGGAGUUCAGGGCAGAAUUCACAUCAACAACCUAGCAAAACAUCGGUCUUAACGACGACAAAGAAAGGGGAGAACCAAAACAAAGAUUCACUAGUUAUUCAAACGUCAUCUUGGUAUCGAAGCAAAAAAGUCAUGGUACUGGUAUUGAAAUUUCUCAAAACACUCAUAUAUUCAAAAAUAAGUAAGGAAAAACAAAAGUAUCUGCAAAACCACAUACCUGAAAUAGCCUGCAUCACACUUGACCCACCAUUGCAUAUACCAUGUUCCACUGACAUGCGACAGGCUGAAAAACAGCUCAUAAAAAUAACUCAAAGGCAUCAUCCUCAAGCAAUCAAUAAAUACUCUCAUUUGAAUCUGAUUAAAGAUGAGGACGGUGUACUAAGAUGCUAUGGACGCAUACAGCAUUCUAAGUUAUGCAUAGACACAAACAACCCCAUAUUUUUGCCGCCAAACCACACAACCACAGAGCAAAUUGCACGUGAAUUCCACGAAAAUGUUGGUCAUCAGGGGCACAAACCACUGCGCGAGCAAGUUUUCAGACGCCAGGCCGCGCCAGACGGUUUUGGAAUGCGUUUCAGAGGAGGAUCUAACUGGCGAGCCAUGAGUCACGCUUGGCCGGCUAAGUGCCCGUGA